AUGCAGGGACAUCGUUGGAUGCCCGCAGUCGCCGUCACUUCCGCCGCCGCCAUCUCUGCGGCACCCGAGAAAAUUACUCUGACAUGGCGGACGGCCACAAUCACACAAUGCUUCGCCUUCACAUUCGAGACACCCUCGGUUUGCAACGGCCAUUGUGUCAGACCUUUUGUACAGAAGCCAGUAGCUCAGCAUGAGCCCAUCACGGUACAAAUACAGGCCCCCAGCUGCAACUCUUGUGGAUGCGACGCCUGCGCUCAUACCAUAGCGUAUACGACGACGUACGAUUCAUUUUGCUCGACCGGCCUCUCUCGUCAAGUAUACGCGGUGACAGAGACGUACAGCGGUGUUGAAGCGAAGCCUACCGUAGCUUCGUUGUCAGUGCCACUUGGCUUCACCGCCGAAGUACAGACCUGCACGACGUGCGGUGACAAGCCAGUCACGGCCACAAUUACAUACCCGGUGCCAGAUGCUGCAUAUAUCACGGACAUGUCGGGGCCAUUUCCUGCGCCACCUGGGGCAAAGAGCUACGAAAUCAACAUCAGCGGUUCACUUGGGGCUUCCCCUUCGCAAGAUGGCGAUGCCGCUGGGGCUGGCUUUGCUUCUACUGCGGCACCCACUGCAGCACCAACUCUGGGUUCUGCAGCGGGGUCAAGUCCCCCUCCCGGUCCCGGUCCGGGUUCAAUGCCAGCGUCGGGCGAGGCGAAUAGACCAGGACAAAAUUCUCUACUGGGUGGAGUGGAGGGGAGUGGGGUGUCCUACAGCGACUCUGGUAUCGCGCCGAGCCUUUCAGCUGGACAGUACGGCAAUCCGGCCUUCUCACCGAUCAACGGCGUCCCUGGCCUGGGUCCCACUCAAGGCUCAAGCUCAGGUAUCGAAGCGAAGCCCUCAUUUCCUAUAGCAUCGAACAGUAUUGUUGUGGUAACACAGGGCUCGACAGGCUGUCCACCUUUCUCUUCCCCACUGGGGCUUGCGGUGGGGUCAUUUAUCAUCUUUGUUACGAACAUCCUGUAG